GUUUAUUGCGCUUGCGUAUUUCGACCAGUUUGCGAACCCUCGCAUCACUAAUUUCUUCUUCCAUCCCAGAGCAAGAAAGCAGUUUGUCGUGUUGAUCACCAUGUUUGACGCCACGGGGGCGAGGUUGCAUGAAGAAUUAUGACGUACUUCGCCUUUGAAGGACUGUAAAUGACAGGAAUCAUUUCAUGUUAGAGUACUUAUUUUGCCGGUUACAGGACCGCUCUGGAAGAGAUCUAGACAAGCAUAAUGGGGAUUUCAGUGAUUAUGAUAGUCACAAUCGUUGUGGUUAUCUGCGAUCAAGGUUCUGCGCUAAAAUGUUACGAUUGCGUGGAUAUCUACAGAAGUGACUUGGGGACCGAAUCUGAUUGCGGGGCGAACGUUGAGAACGUAACACUCGUGGAAUGCCAACCCCUGGAAAACGAUACAGUGGACCAGAAUCCCGUUUGCGUAAAAAUGGUUGACACGAUCACAAUAACGGAUACCAGCGAAUCCUCAGCCAUGCAGAUACAAGUAAACCACAUAAUUCGCGGCUGCAGCUGGUCACUCGAAUUCACUUUCGGGAGCGACUGCUUUUUGACUGAGGAGACCAGCGAACCCUUAGAGUUCUCCGACGUCCGAAGUAACUACACAGCGAUUAUUGGAGUGCACACGUUCUGCAUGUGCGGUACGGACGGCUGUAAUGCGGCACGAUCAACGCAGGCCUGCCUUUGGCUGCCACCGCUCGUGGUGAGUUCUGCAGUCGUCUUAAGGAUCACUCAGUUCGCCUAGCAACAGAAAUCUUCGAUCCUCUACCAUAAAAAUAGAGUUAGUUUUCAUUUCCAACACUGGUUACAAAGAAUUUAUGUAACAAAAGCUUCUAUGUGAUGAUAUUUCAAUCAAUUAUCUUUAUUCAUGGUAAAGGAUUGGCGGACAAUAACGAAGAUUAAACCACGCAUUUUGUCUUUUUUUUUCUCUCAAAAAUUUUUCAACUGUGCGGCAAAUGAAUGAAAUAUAAUAAGGCCUGUUUAUAUGGGUUCAUAUGCGAUAAACCUUUCUUAGGCGAUUUCAAUUAAGGGUUUUGCCCUUACACCGACGUAUCUUAGUUAACGCAGUAUUCUCAGUGUUUGUCGAAGAGCUUGUGAAAAAAUCACAAGCUUACUCGGGUGGGACUCGAACCCACGAUCCCCUGCUUACUGAUGCAGAUGUCCUAAUCACUACUCAACCACUGAGCUUGCCGGGGUCAGGAGGCCGAUCCGAGUCAGUAGUAGCGGGUACUGCAAAAUCACUUCAAAUCACUUACGCGCAUUUUUUUGCGCAACUUAAUACACUUCAUUUCAUCGGUGACUGAAAACUAUUUGAUAUGCUUUUGUGGUUUAAGUGUAGGCCUACUGAAAAAUAACAUUUCAAAGAGGUAGAUUGUACAUGUACAUGUAUACGCUUUUCAUGACAACUGAGGGUGCUCUUGCUAUGAUAACGUACACGGAGGACGCCAGUCUUGGUUCUAAGGCUGCAUCCGAAUUUCUUGUCUAGAACUAGGUCUAGGUCUUCACUCCAUUAGAAAUGCGUUGAGACGCGUAGACAAUAGACCUAGCCGUAGCUCUGGAAGCCCGUUUCGGACACGGCCUAAGACCUUCGCGUUUCUCCUUUUAGCCGAUUCGUCUGGUGGUGGUUCGUGUGGCGGAAUGAGAUACUGGAAGGUCUCAGAACCAAGACUAGGAAGACACUUGUGCAUUUCUUUUCAAAUUGUGAACCAAAAAUUUUCUCGUUGAAAACACACCUGAGAAAGGGUUGCUUUCUGGCUUACACUCAUGCUACAUGUACUAACAAACAAGGACGACAAUUCCAGCAGUUUUAGGGCCCACUGAGGUCUGUGAUGACAUCAGUCUCACUGUGAUGUUUUGCUCAUAAAUAUGGAAAUUUACAUGAGCACGAUUACGAACGAAAUGUGCCAAGAUUCCCUUUAAAAUAGCACACAGACUUUGAAAAUAAUUCAAAACAUACAGGCGUACAAACAUAUAAGCGUAGGCUACAUUUACGAGAUUUUCAAGGGGUUGUGGGCCUGUUUUAAAAAGUUCGAUCAUGUAAACCUUUAACAUUCGCUCAGUUCACUGAUCAGGCUGGAAUGCAAUCUAGAGGUAUAUCCAUCCGACCGUUCGCACAUGUCAGUGCGUGGCUGUGAUCUUUAAGCCAGAUUGUCGGAUCAGAGGGUUCCUCCACAACAGUGGAUAAAAACAAAUUUUGUUAAGCCCCCCAAAAUGAA